CCGGCUGAGCAACAUUUAGGUAGAGGCGUGUUCCACUUUUCUCCUCUUCACAGCCCAUAAUGCGCAGGCGCGGUAAUGUUGAGCAAGCAAAUAAUUCCAGAGACUGGGAUCCCAGAAGUCAAACAUUCACUAGUUCAGACUGUGAGACUGAACGCAUUCAGUGUCGCCUAGUAAAUAGUCAAAAGUGAAAACGGAGAGGGCUUUAUUUUAAGAAAUGCCUGCUACGGAGAAAGAUCUGGCUGAGGACGCGCCAUGGAAAAAGAUCCAGCAAAACACCUUUACGCGGUGGUGUAACGAGCACCUGAAGUGCGUUAACAAGCGGAUAGCAGACCUCCAGAUCGACCUGAGCGACGGCCUGAGACUCAUCGCCCUGCUGGAAGUUCUCAGUCAGAAGAGGAUGUAUCGGAAAUACCAUCCCCGUCCAACCUUCAGACAAAUGAAGCUGGAAAACGUGUCCGUCGCGCUCGAGUUUUUGGACCGUGAGAAUAUUCGCCUGGUUUCGAUAGAUAGCAAGGCGAUCGUAGAUGGCAACCUGAAGCUCAUCUUGGGUAUGGUGUGGACCCUUAUCCUGCACUACUCCAUCUCAAUGCCAGUGUGGGAGGACGAGGACGACGGUGAAGCUAAAAAACAGACGCCAAAGCAGCGGUUGCUGGGCUGGAUCCAAAACAAAGUGCCAGACCUGCCCAUUACCAACUUCAGCCAGGACUGGCAUGACGGAAAAGCCCUUGGUGCCCUCGUUGAUAGCUGUGCCCCAGGCCUUUGUCCUGACUGGGAGACAUGGGAUACAGCCAAACCUGUGGAUAACGCUACAGAAGCGAUGCAGCUGGCAGAUGACUGGCUGGGAAUACCACAGGUGAUUGCCCCUGAGGAGAUCAUAGACCGAAGUGUUGAUGAGCAAUCCGUCAUGACCUACCUGUCGCAGUUUCCCAAGUCCAAGCUGAAACCUGGCGCUCCGUUAAAACCCAAACUCAACCCUAAAAAAGUCAGAGCAUACGGCCCAGGCAUUGAACCUGUGGGGAAUAGAGUGAUGCUUCCGGCAGUCUUCACCGUGGACACCUUCAGUGCGGGACAGGGACAGGUCACCGUCUACGUUGAAGAUCCAGCGGGCACCAAGGAGGAGGUGAACACCAUUCCCAUUGAAGGUGGCAAGAAAACCUACAGGGUGACGUAUAUCCCUCAAGUCAUGGGGAUGCACAAGGUUAUUGUGCUGUUCGCGGGUCAGCAAAUCCCAAAGAGCCCAUUUCAGGUGAACGUUGACAAGGCUCAGGGUGACCCGACGAAAGUCACGGCCAAAGGACCGGGUCUGGAGCCACUGGGGAACAUUGCCAACAAGCCAACAUACUUUGACAUCUGCACUGCAGGGGCUGGAGUUGGUGAUGUAACCACGGUCAUUAAAGACCCACAGGGAAACAAAAAUACAGUGGAAGCCAUUUUGGAGGAUAAGGGAGACGGUGUCUUCCGUUGCACCUACCGCCCAGUACAGGCUGGGCCACACGACGUGAGCAUCACCUUUGGCGGGAUUGCCAUACCCAAGAGCCCCUUCACAGUUAACAUUGGCCCAGCCUGCAAUCCAAAUGCAUGUCGUGCGACGGGCCGGGGGCUGCAGCCUCGAGGGGUGCGCGUGAAACAGACGGCUGACUUCAAAGUGGACACGCGGAACGCAGGGAGCGGGGACUUGAAAGUCACCAUUAAAGGCCCUAAUGGUCAAGAUGAAAUGGUGAAAAGCAAAGAGUCAUCUGACGGCAGGGAUGCCUUUGAGUACUACCCACUUGAGCCCGGGAAGUAUGUGGUGACCAUUACAUGGGGAGGAAUGCAUGUUCCCAAGAGUCCCUUUGAGGUACAGGUUGGUUUGGAGGCUGGCCAACAGAAGAUCAGAGCCUGGGGCCCAGGACUCGAGGGCGGAGUGGUGGGGCAGUCAGCCAACUUUGUGGCCGAAUCCAUUGGGAAUGAUGUUGGAGUGCUUGGCUUUGCCAUCGAGGGUCCAUCCCAGGCUAGAAUUGAGUGCAAAGACCAAAAUGACGGCUCGUGUGACGUUAAGUACUGGCCAACAGAAGCUGGAGAAUAUGCUGUUCAUGUUAUGUGUGACGAUGAGGAUAUCGAAGACAGUCCAUUUAUGGUGUACAUUGCUCCCGACAACAAAACCGACAAUGCCAGUCAGGUUAAGGCCUAUGGACCUGGUCUGGAGAAGACUGGCUGUGUCCUCAACAAUCUAGCUGAGUUUACCGUCAUUACAAAGGAUGCCGGGGCUGGCCCUCUUAAAAUUAUCGCACAGAAUGCAAAUGGCGUUCCAGUGGACGUGAGGGUGAGGAGCCAAGGGGACGGCGUCUACUCUUGCUCCUACACUCCUGCAGAUGCGGUCAAGCACACGGUGGCCAUCUCAUGGGGAGGGGUCAGCGUACCCAAUAGCCCCUUCAGGGUGAAUGUUGGCAAGGGGAGUCAUCCACAUGAGGUGAGGGUGUACGGGCCGGGAGUGGAGAAGACUGGACUCAAGGCCAACGAGCCAACUCACUUCACGGUGGACUGCACUGAGGCUGGAGACGGAGAUGUGAGUGUGGGCAUCAAGUGUGAUGCAGACAUGCUCAGCGACAAAGAGGAAGACCUUGACUUUGACAUUAUCCCUAAUGCCAACGACACCAUCACCGUCAAGUACACCCCACCUGCUGCGGGCGGCCUCACCAUCAAAGUGCUCUUCACUGAUCAGGAAAUUCCAGUCAGUCCUUUUCGUGUCAAAGUGGAGCCCUCUCACUAUGCCUCAAAGGUGAAAACAGAGGGCCCAGGCGUCUCCAGGACAGGAGUGGAGUGUGGGAAGCCCACCCAUUUCACUGUUUACACUAAAGGGGCCGGCAAAGCAUCACUCGACGUUCAGUUCUCCAGCUUGGACAGAGAUGUCAAGGACUUUGAGAUCAUCGAUAACUAUGACUAUUCCUAUACAGUCAAAUACACUCCUACUCAACAGGGAGAACUGUCCAUCACUGUUACUUUUGGAGGAGACCCCGUCACUAAGAGUCCCUUUGUGGUGGACGUUGCUGCUCCAUUGGAUUUGAGCAAGGUUCAAGUGGAUGAACUGGACAGCCGUGUGGAGGUGGGUCAAGAGCAGACAAUUGUUGUACGAACCAAAGGGGCCGGCGGCCAAGGGAAGCUGGAGGUUCGCGUCACAGGUCCCUCAAAUGCUGCUGUGCCUUGUAGUGUGGUGGAUUCCCAGCCAGGGUCUGAUGACGACGUCAACCUCCUGAAAUACACUCCUAAUGAAGAAGGUGUCUACACAAUUGAAGUGUGCUAUGAUGGCCACCCAGUUCCUGGAAGCCCCUAUCCUGUAGAGGCCCAGCUGCCCCCUGAUCCAAGCAAGGUGAAGGCCUUUGGUCCAGGGCUGCAAGGAGGCUUCAUUGGAAACCCUGCUGAGUUCACCAUUGACACCAAGGGAGCGGGCACCGGCGGGCUUGGACUGACGGUGGAGGGCCCUACCGAGGCCAAGAUUGAAUGCUCAGACAAUGGAGAUGGGACCUGUUCUGUGUCUUACCUGCCCACGGAGCCUGGGGAGUACCUGGUCAACAUCUUGUUUGAGAACAGUCACAUCCCAGGCUCCCCUUUCCACGUGGACAUACAGAUGCCCUUUAACCCUGCCAAAGUGGUGGCGACCGGUUCGGGGCUGAAGUGUGGAAGAGUGGGUGAGACGAGUGUGCUGAAUGUGGACUGCUCCAUGGCUGGACCGGGACAGCUGACGUUGGAAGCAGUGUCUGAGUCGACUAAAGCUCAGGCCAAGACUGAAGUGCUGGAUAACAAGGACGGGACCUACACAGCCAGCUAUGUCCCCCUCACUGCUGGCACGUACAGUCUGACACUGAAGUAUGGGGGAGAGGCUGUGCCUAACUUUCCCGCCAAGGUGUCUGUGGAUCCUGCCGUGGAUACCAGCAGGGUGAAGGUUUUUGGAGCAGGUGUGAAAAGAGAAGGGGUCUUCAGAGAGGCUACCACUGACUUCACUGUGGACGCUCAGUCCCUCACUAAGUCAGGUGGUGACCACGUCAAGGCACAGGUGACCAGUCCCUCGGGCACACACACUGACUGCACCAUUGCGGACAAAGGCGAUGGCACAUACAACAUGGAGUACACACCUUUUGAAAAUGGAUCCCAUAGUGUUGCCGUAUGGUAUGAUGACACACCAGUUCCAAACAGUCCGUUCUUGGUGGAUGUCACUGAUGGCUGCGACCCGAGUCGUGUGCAGUCCAAAGGGCCUGGCCUGCAGGAGGCUUUGACUGACAAAGCCAACAAGUUCUCCAUCAUCACUAGAGGAGCUGGAAUAGGAGGGCUAGGCAUCACCAUUGAGGGACCCUCUGAGUCCAAGAUGUCGUGCAAAGACAACAAAGACGGGAGCUGCAAUGUAGAAUACACCCCUUAUGUGGCCGGUCUGUACGACAUCAACAUUACCUAUGGAGGUCAUCACAUCACAGGAAGUCCUUUUAAAGUGCAAGUGAAGGAUGUGGUAGACGCCGGCAAAGUGAAGGUUUCUGGUCCAGGUAUUGGCUCCUCUGGCAUCAGGGCGAAAAUCCCUCAGACGUUCACUGUGGACUGCAGCAAGGCGGGGGUUGCCCCUCUUUCUGUCACUGUCACAGGACCCAAAGGUGUGGCACUGCCAGUAGAAGUGACUGCUAAUGGAGACGACACCCACUUUGUGGCUUAUACGCCUUUGACAGAGGGGCUGCAUUCUGUGGCGAUCAUGUAUGCCGGCGAGGAAGUGCCACGCAGUCCAAUGAAGCUGCGGGUGCUGCCAACUCACGAUGCCAGUAAGGUGCGGGCAAGUGGACCGGGACUCACGACUGGAGUGCCUGCUAGUCUGCCUGUGGAGUUCACAAUCGACGCCAAAGACGCAGGAGAGGGUCAGCUGUCUGUACAAAUCACUGACCAGGACGGCAAACAGAAAAAGGUUAAUAUCCAGGACAACCGAGAUGGCAGCUACAAAGUGUCGUACGUGCCAGAUAAAGUGGGCCGCUACACCAUCGUCAUCAAGUACGGGGGAGACGAAAUCCCAACUUCCCCUUACCGCGUGCGCGCCACUGCACCCGGGGAUGCCAGCAGGUGUACAGUCACAGGUCCUGGUGUCAAUCCCAUCGUUUGUGUCGGAGAGGAGGUGGGCUUUGUGGUCAACACCAAGGGUGCUGGAAAAGGCAAGGUGUCCUCUGUGGUGCAGACCCCCGACGGCACGGAGGUGGAGACAGAUGUUAUCGAGAACGAAGAUGGAACGUUUGACGUCUUCUACACGGCUCCGAAGCCUGGCUCCUACCACAUAUACGUGCGCUUUGGGGGCGAGAACAUUCCAAAAAGUCCAUUCAAAGUCACGGCCAGUGAUGAAGCUCCUUUGGUGCAGCAGCAGCUCAAUCAGCAACAACAGACGCUCCCUGGAGCCGGCUUCCAACCCUGGGUGACUGAUGGCUCCUAUAUCUCUGCCAAAAGCAUGAAUGGAACGGGAACAGGAUUCAGGGCCUUCGACAUGGUCAUCCCUUUUACUCUUACGAAAGGGGAGGUGACAGGUGAGGUGCACAUGCCAUCAAGCAAGACUGCUCAGCCUGAAAUCAUUGAUAACAAGGAUGGCACAGUCACUGUCAAGUUCUCUCCCACUGAGGCCGGUCUCCACGAGAUGCACAUCAAAUAUAAUGGCACUCACAUUCCAGAAUCGCCACUGCAGUUUUAUGUCAAUCACGCCAGCAGUCCGACCGUGACGGCCUACGGCCCAGGGCUAGUGUACGGCGUCACCAACAAGAUGGCUACCUUCACCAUCUACACAGAGGACACCUCGGAGGGUGGUUUGGAUUUAGCCAUCGAGGGUCCCUCCAAAGCUGAAAUCCAGUGUGUGGACAAUAAGGACGGCACGUGUACGGUGACAUAUUUACCCACGCUGCCUGGCGUGUACAACAUCCUGGUUCGCUACAAUGACAAGCACAUUCCCGGGAGCCCCUUCAACGCCCGUAUAACAGAGGACAACAAGAGGAGGUCUCAGAUCAAAUUGGGCUCAGCAGCUGACUUCACCCUUGACAUAAACGAGACGGAUCUCAGCCUCCUGACGGCCAGCAUCAAAGCCCCCUCUGGCCGUGACGAGCCCUGCCUGCUCAAGAGACAGCCCAAUGACCGCAUUGGCAUCUCGUUCAUCCCACGGGAGGUCGGGGAGCAUCUGGUCAGCAUUAAGAAAAAUGGCCGACAUGUGGCCAGUAGCCCGAUCACCAUCAUGGUGGUGCAGUCAGAAAUAGGAGACGCCAGUAAGGUCAAGGUCUAUGGACAGGGUCUGGUGCAGGGGCAGACUUUUGAGAUAUGUCACUUUAUUGUUGACACCAGAGAAGCAGGUUAUGGUGGCCUGGCGUUGUCUAUUGAGGGCCCCAGUAAAGUGGACAUCCAGACAGAGGACAUGGAGGACGGCACGUGUGGGGUGUCUUAUUGCCCCAUGGAACCAGGCACAUAUAUCGUGUCUAUCCGGUUUGCUGAGGAGAACGUUCCAGGGAGUCCCUUUUCUGUGAAGGUGACUGGAGAGGGGCGUAUCCGUGAGAGCAUCACUCGGAAACAGAAGGCAGCCUCUGUGGCCAGCGUUGGUAGUGUGUGUGAUCUCAAUUUGAAGAUCCCAGAUAUCGACAUCCGCAACAUAUCCGCUCAAGUCACUGCCCCCUCGGGCGGCACGGAGGAGGCAGAAAUAGUUGCUAUGGGCAACCACACCUAUUGCAUACGCUUUGUGCCACGAGAGAUGGGCGUACACGUGGUCAAUGUGAAGUAUCACGGUCAACACGUCCCUGGCAGUCCGUUCCAGUUCACCGUGGGGCCACUGGGUGAGGGAGGAGCACAGAAAGUGUGUGCUGGAGGUCCCGGCCUUGAGAGGGCCGACACUGGGGUCCCAGCCGAGUUCAACAUCUGGACCAGAGAGGCAGGUGCUGGGGGUUUGUCUAUCGCUGUAGAGGGCCCGAGCCGAGCUGAAAUCUCCUUUGAGGACCGCAGAGAUGGCUCCUGUGGGGUCUCCUACGUCGCCCAAGAGCCUGGUGACUAUGAGGUGUCUGUAAAGUUUAAUGAUGAACACAUUCCUGACAGCCCCUACCUGGUGCCAGUAUGUGGAUCUGGAGACGAGGCUCGAAGACUCACUGUCAGCAGUCUUCAGGAGACAGGUCUGAAAGCCAACCAUCCAACUUCCUUUGUGGUGCAGCUGAAUGGCGCUGAGGGUACAAUUGAUGCAAAAGUUCACGGUCCGUCUGGAGCCUUGGAGGAGUGUGUCGUGUCCCAACUGGAGCAAGAUAAAUAUGCCAUUCGAUUCAUUCCUCGAGAGAAUGGGGUCCACACUAUUGAUGUGAGGUUCAACGGCAGCCAAAUCCCUGGCAGUCCAUUCCUAGUGCGAGUUGGAGAGCGUGGAGAGAGUGGAGAUCCUGGCUUAGUAACUGCGUAUGGAGCUGGUCUGAAAAGAGGAACAACAGGUAAUCUGGCAGAGUUUACCAUCAACAAUAAAGCGGGGACGAUGGGCGCUGUUGCUGUGACCAUUGAAGGUCCUUCCAAGGUGAAAAUGGAAUGCCGGGAGUGCCCGGAGGGAUUCAAUGUGUCAUACACACCACUGGCCCCAGGGAAUUAUGACAUCAGCGUCAAGCACGGCUCUAACCAUAUCAGUGGUAGUCCUUUCAAAGCCAGAAUUACCGGCCACUGUCUGGUGAAUGUAAGUAAUGCCAGUGAGAGAUCGACACUCAUGGUAAACCCUGGGGCCAAGUCCAGUGGUGUCGCUGCUUCAGACGCCAGCAGGGUGAUGAGCCGAGGUCCAGGCCUGAGCAAAGCCUUCGUUGGCAAGAGGGCCAGCUUCUCUGUGGACUGUAGCCAAGCAGGCAGGAACAUGCUCCUGGUGGGUGUACACGGGCCCGACACGUCACCAUGUGAAGAGGUGCUGGUUAAGCACGUGGGGGAUCUGCAGUACAACAUCAGCUAUCUGCUGAAGGAGCGUGGCAGCUACGUUCUGGCAGUCAAAUGGGGAGACGACCACAUCCCCGGCUCACCUUUCCACGUCACCGUUCCAUAAUUCCUCACACAUCACAAUCUGAAAACACUUAAGAACAACUACCCCUAACAAGCUUUAUAAAUACUUAAUAAACCAUGAACCAAUUAUCAAUGAGGUUUUGACAAAUGUUAUUAAAUGAGUAAGAAAAAUAACUAUGUUAACACUGCAGACACAGCACAGGUCCUGGAAUUUUGUCCUCCAAAGACCAGAGUGCAUGAAGCCGUUGUUUUUGGCAGGCAAAAGUACGUACAUCUCAUACAGUAGAAAUUGAUUCCUACUCCACUGUGCAAUUGUAGUUUGUUUGAAUAUAUGGUCAGUUCUUUCAUAAUUGUUAAAAAUGUGUCUAUAAUGCUUUUAGGAGUAUUUUUUUCUGAAGUGUUACCAAAAGUUUUUGUUUGUACCUCUCUCAAUUAUUUCAUAAUCUAUGAGACACAGGUCUAGGAGACACAGGUGGUUAUCCCCAAAAUGCUGCCUUCACAACAAAAAGUAGUGAGUAAAAGCCAUUAGAAGUUAAUCUGCACUUAUGGUUUUGCCUGUGCAAAUUCCCCCAUGUCAGCACCAAACUUAACAAUUGAAACCACUCUUCUUUCAUUACAAAACAUUAAAAGGUUGUUUCAUACCUCAUUCCAUUCUUUAGCAAUUAUGCCAUUGAACAUACCUGGGUAUAUAACAAUUUAUUUCAUAGUUGUUUUUUUUUGGCUUUGGUAGCUUCCCAACCAUACAGUGGUGCUGCCUUCUCCAAAAUGGAGUAUAAGGGGCAAGGCUAGCAAAUCCAAAAUGAAACUGCCGUCACGUAGAUUAUCGAUAGGCUAUCUUUGGUUGGAGCAUUUUGGGGCAAGGCCAGCAACGUCAUAACUGUCUGAUUGAGCCAUCUGGCAUGUGCAGCCAGGCCCACUCCCCUCGACUCUCUGUCUAGAAUGAGAUUGUUUUUUUGUUUUUUUUUAACCAGAGCUCAAGCAAGAAGACUAUACUUCAUUUCUUCUGCUGAUACAGUUAUCACAUGUCAUUCACACUGCUAACACUAACAGAAUAUGUUCCUUUCUGUGCUCCUGACUCAGACCUUUUUUUUACACAAUGUAGAUCAACUGCUUCAUGUGACCGACCCCCCAUAAAAAGCAGAAUUGACAUGUUUCCUAGUCAUUGACACUGAAUGUUAGGAUUGGAAAUUAUGCGAUGCUGCAACAUGAUCUCCAAAAAUUCCGUGCUCCUGGACACGGAUGUUAAGGACACAAAAUCCGUGUCCAGGAGCACGGAUUUUGCCAAAAUUCCGUGCUCCUGGACACGGAAUUGUUUUCUGUGCUCCUGGACACGGAAUUGUUUUGGCAAAUUCCCUGCUCCUGGACACAGAUUUUGUGUCCUUAACAUCCGUGUCCGGGAGCACAGAAUUUUUGGAGAUCAGGCUGGAUUCAGACUCCUUUGCAUCAACUGAAUUGGCAUGGUGUUGGUUUUAACCAGACCAAACCACAAACUGAGUUGCUGUUUCAUCCCUAUUGCUCAUAAAUAGUUCCCAGUUUUUGUAUUUCGAAUUAAUAGUAUUUAACACUUGUCUCCUUGUAAAUACCAUAAUUUGGCCUUAAUUACUACUGAUCUCUAAUUUUAGUUGAGAUUUUAAGAGUGAUGUAAGCAAUAUAUAUGCAUUGACUGCAAUGACAUCAUGUGAUAAUUUCUAUUACCACGAAUAUGACUUGUAGAAUUUGACAUCUGAAUAAUACUUAUACAAUAUUUUUCAUGCUUUUAACCAUGUCUAUGCACAGUGCAGUUACAUCUCAAUAAUUAAAAUAGUAAGUAAUAAAAUAAUAAUUACAAUAUUAAUAUGGGGAAAUCUCAUUUUUAGUGCAAUUUCAAAAUACUAAAAGUAGAUCAGAUCACACAAUAAAGUGACAUAAUUUGAGUCCUAAUCAAGGUUAAGGGCAAUUAAGACAACUAUCAUUUAAAAUGACAGUACAUUUUUGACUUGAGUAAUUUAGUACCAUUCCACAAUACAGUAUUUCAAUUGAGUUGUGCCUGAUAGUUCUAAAGACCUCUAAAGAGUUCUUAAAUUACAUGGUGCAAUUAUGCAUGUUGAACAGCACAUUCCUUUGUUUUGACGACAGAUCACCUUACCUCACCUGACCUUUCCAUCUACUACUAUGCUCUUGCUAUUGGAAGCUCAGAGAUGUGUGAAUAAAUGAGUUGUCAGUGACAUUCAUAAUAAAUUAUUGAAGAUAUUUUUGUAAGUAUAGUGAAGGAAAUCUAUUGCCUUUGCAACAAUAAAUGGCUUCUUUUUAUAACGUUCAGAUGUUAUCAGCAUUAGGGACUGUGCAGGAGCAAAAUACAGUAGACAAUAUGCCUUUAAAUUUGGUUAUUUACAACUCUAAAACUCAUCCUUCAGUUUACCACGUGCCAGUAACUAUGUAUUCCUUUGAAAACCAUUUUCAAGAUUGUAAACUCGAAAUGUGAUUGUACACAAUAAAACAACCCUAUGAUGUGCAAAAUUA